AUGCGGUCUGGAACCGCGUUCCGGGGUUUGGAUCUGUUGGUCGCGUUGUCUCUCCUGCCACAGGUUAUUUUCGCGAACCGGAUUAUCAAAGACACACCGGAGCCCCUGAAGCCCACCAUCACCGGGCUCGGGGUGAAGGAACACUCAAAGAUUGUUGCCCAACACAAUAGACUGCGCAGCCGGGUCAACCCCAUGGCAGCUAACAUGCAAAAAAUGGAAUGGAGUGAUAAGUUGGCCUUACUUGCAAAGGACAGGGCGGCAUCAUGUCACACAGAUCCUCCUGAUCAACAAUCCUCGCCUCUCAGUCACAUCGGCUGGAACACACACCUCUCUGCCCACCGUGGUCUCACUUCAGUUUCUGAUGCCAUACACUCCUGGUUUGAAGAGGGGAACGAUUUUCUUUACCUGAGUGGGCAAUGUAGGGAGAACGCCACAUGUCAGCACUAUACACAGUUGGUGUGGGCCACAUCGAGUCAUGUGGGCUGUGCCAGCCAGCUUUGUCUGAGGGAAGGAGACCUCUGGGAGAUGUUUGUCUGCGCAUAUUACCCUGGGGGGAACUGGGUAGGCUUGCGUGCAGUGGUGCAGUGUGUGCACGGUCGUUUCAAAGAAGACAAGAAUGCUCUUGCUUGUUGUGAUGUUGGCUAUGGUGGUGCUGAGUGUGCCAGGUGAGUGCAGUGUGCCUCUAAAGUGCAGUUUCCCUUCCACAGCUGUGACGCGAUGAUAGACGGUGAUUGCUUCGCGGUGUCUUCAGAAGCUGACACCUACUAUGGAGCCAAGAGUCACUGUCAGGGACGAGGGGGGAUUCUUGCUCAGAUCCACAAUCAGAAGGUUCAGGACAUCCUGGCGUUUUAUAUCAGUCAGCUGGAGACGAGCAACGAGGUCACCAACACGGACUUUGAGACAAGAAACUUCUGGAUUGGUUUGACAUAUAAGCCUCUGAAAGACUCAUUUCGCUGGGACACAGGCGAGAUCCCCAGAUUCAGCAGCUUCGCCUUUGGGCAACCGGACAACCAAGGCUUUGGAAACUGUGUAGAGCUGCAGGCGUCAAGUGCCUUUAACUGGAACGACCAGCGAUGUAAAACACAGAACCGAUACAUCUGCCUGCACGCUGCAGAGCACAUUGGCCGCUGGGACGAUGGCAGGUGACCCGGAUUUCUUGAGGACGUGAAACUAGGUGUUGGUUGGGACCAAGGCCACUAAUGUUUGUCAAUGUAGUUUAGAUGUGCUGUAUA